ACCGGAAGCCACGAAUGCAAAAUGGAUUAUUUACGAAAGUAUCUUGGUGCUCAACCAGGAGAAAUCCACCCAACUGGUGCAGAAACGGUUGAGCGCCUAUGUGAGCGAGUUCAGUCAUCCACGCUGUUAGACGACCGUCGAGAUGCUGUGCGUGCCCUUAAAGCGCUGUCAAAGAAGUUUCGCUUGGAGGUUGGAACACAAGCAAUGGACAUUCUGGUAAAUACAUUACAAAAUGACAGAAAUGAUGCUGAAAUAACUGGCUACACUCUAGAGACACUGUGUAAUGUGAUGUCCAAUGAACCACAGGAUGACGAAUACGAAGUUCCUGCUUAUGUUCCUGGAGACCUUGGUGCUCAGUUCACAGAGAUCUUCAUCAAGAAACAUGACAAUGUCGCUCUGUUGCUCUCCUUGUUGGAAGAGUAUGAUUUCCAUGUCCGAUGGCCGACUGUGAAGUUGUUGACAGUUUUGUUGACUAACAAGUGUAAAGACCUUCAAGAAUGCAUCUUGGUCAGUCCAAUGGGAGUGUCCAAACUGAUGGACCUGUUGUCCGACAGCAGAGAAAUAAUUAGAAAUGAUGCCUUGUUACUUCUCAUUCAGUUGACCAAAGGAAAUGCAAACAUUCAGAAAAUUGUGGCCUUUGAGAACGCUUUUGAAAGGUUGCUUGACAUCAUUAAAGAUGAAGGAAACAGUGAUGGAGGAAUUGUAGUGGAGGAUUGUCUCCUACUGCUUCUGAACUUGCUCAAGAACAACAUAUCGAACCAGAACUUUUUUAAGGAAGGCAGUUUUAUUCAGCGCUUGGCAUUAUUUUUUGAACUGGAUUCCAGCGAGCAGCAGUCACAGGGUGGCUGGUCUGCUCAAAAAGUGACAAACAUUCACUUAAUGUUACAACUUGUCCGUACAAUGGUGUCUCCAAACAACCCGCAGCAACAGACGUCUUCCUGUCAGAAAACAAUGAACAACUGUGGUCUCCUUCGACAGCUGUGUACAAUACUGAUGGCUAGUGGGGUACCGGCCGAUGUCCUUACCGAGACCAUCAACACAGUGUCGGAGGUGAUCAGAGGGAAUCCAGUCAACCAAGAAUAUUUUGCUUCAGUUCUUGCUCCUUCCAACCCACCCAGGCCUGCCAUUGUAGUGUUACUGAUGUCGAUGGUAAACGAGAAACAACCAUUUGUACUGCGCUGUGCCGUCCUAUACUGCUUUCAGUCAUUUCUCUUUAAAAACGAGAUUGGCCAGUCUCAGAUUGUCCAGACACUUUUACCAACCACAGCCGACGUGAACACAAUAACGGCCGGCCAGCUGCUGUGUGGUGGACUCUUCAGUGCGGAUUCCCUGUCCAACUGGUUUGCUGCGGUCGCCAUGCUUCACGCGAUCAUGGAGAACACCACUCAGAAGGAGCAGCUACUCCGAGUGCAGCUAGCAACGAGCCUGGGAAACCCUCCUGUGUCACUGCUUCAGCAGUGCUGCAACAUGUUGGCCCAGGUCGGACAGGGUGGCAAAUUACAAACACAGAUCGGGCUUCUCAUGUUGAUGUGUGGUUGGCUGUCCAGCUGUCCCAUUGCAGUGAACCACUUCUUAACUAAUACUGCAAAUGUGCCUUAUUUGAUAUCCCAAGUGUCCGGAUCUGAGGGUGAUGAACAGGAGUCGCUGAUCCAAGGACUGUGUGCCUUCCUGCUGGGAAUAUGCAUGUUGUUCAACGAUGAUCAGAACGAGACAUUCAAACAGGCAUCUUUACGUCAAGUGAUAGAAAAUAGAAUUGGACUUGAAGUGUUUACAGACAAGCUGUCACAGAUUAGCAAGAAUGAGAACUAUACACGAGCUGCUAAGAAGCCACAUCUAAAUCACAAACAGCCUAAUGAAGUUUUAUUUGACUUCGAAUUCACACAAUUAUACAAAUCAUUAGAAAGUGAAGUCUUGCAAACAGUAUGUUCUGCUAAUCAUACUGGGGACGGAAAGAAAAAAGCAGCAAGUAUCCAAGAACAUGAAAAUAUAGUCGACCAUUAUAAAGAAUUAAUAAAGCAACAGGAUCAAAAAUUAGCUGAUGCACUGUCAGAAUUACAAGAUUACAAAUCGAAACAUUCCAUGUCCGAAACGACGAUUGAACAGUUAAAAGAUCAAGUCCAGCAACUAAGAGAUCAGAAUGCUCUCUAUAAAGUCAAAAAAGGAUCUCAGAUUACCCCUAAUAAUAUAAGUGCUGAUGAAAAUAAGGUGGAAGAAGUUGCUGAGUUGCAGCAGCAGAUACAGAGUUUGAGGGAGAACAUAACACUCAAAGACACACAGAUAAACCAGUUGAAAAACGAGCUGUCUGAGUCAUCGAGGACGGCUGUGAAUGACGCUGGAGAGGAUGGUAAAGGAAGGAGUGAAACAGACGCCCCAGCACAUGGUGACGUGAAUGUUGACACUUUGAACAGGACUAUUUGUGAAAAGGAGGAGGAGAUAAACAAACUGAAAACAGAGUUAGUCCAGGCUCACAAGGAAACAGAGGAAAAUAAACAUAAACUUGCAGAGAUGUCAGAUAAUACCCAAGUUUUACAUAAUGCUGGAGGAGAGGAACAAGUGAAUGUGUUAAAAGAAGAGAAAAGAUCACUACAGGAGAGAUUAACAAAGUCUAAUGAAGAAAAUCUAAAGUUGAUGGACAAAAUUAGGAAAUUGGAAGAGGAAAUUAAGGCAUCAGGUGAAACUGUGAAAAAUGUAAAAGACGACCUUGACACAAUUAAGAAGGAACAGGAUGAUCUGUUGGUGCUGUUGGCUGAUCAGGAUGCUAAGAUAGAGAAAUACAGGCACAAGUUAAAGGAACUGGGACAGGAGAUUGAUGAUGAUGAUGAUGAUGAUGAUGAUGAUGAUGACUUGGGUGAUGAUGAUGCCGAGGAUACUGAUGCUCACUGAAAAUGCAUGCAUACGUGUAUUUAAAACUUGACUUGAUGUUUGUGUGAAUUCGUCACAACUGAAGGAGGUCCUGUGACAGAGCCUACCUCAGACAGACCAGCAUGUUUAGAGCUAUUAAAACCAUCUGUUAGAAUGAAUACACAGUCUUUAAACCAUAACUGCAUCACAGUUAGUCCACAAUCAUUUCCAGUCUUAUUUAUAAUAAUUUGACACGAUUAGUCAAUGCCUUGUGCCAGCAUCAAACUCAUUUUAUCCUGCAACCACUACUUCGAUUGACAGAAUAUGCUGACGGAUAAAGCAAAAUCAUAUCAAAAUCAUAUCCUUAUAAUAGCAGGAUAUGACUUUGAUGUCACUCAUGUCACGUCACAUGCAUAGCUACAUUACAAAUUCUCUCAUUUGAUCGUACAAUGUGGCAGAAAUAACAGAAAUAAUAGCUGUAUUCCUCUUAAUUUUUGUGGUGUGCAGGAUAAAGAUAAUAACUAGUUAAUGAUAUGACUUUGAUGUCACUCAUGUCACGUCACAUGCAUAGAUACAUUACAAAUUCUCUCAUUUGAUCGUACAAUGUGGUUGAAAUAACAGAAAUAAUAGCUGUAUUCCUCUGUAUUUUUAUGGUCUGCAGAAUAAAGAUAAUAACUGGUUAAUGAUGUUGGAUAUCUGCUUUAUCCUGUUCAGGCCGAAUGAGAAAUUCCCAUUCUUACCGUCACAGGAUAAAGCAAAUAUCCCACACCAUUUACUGACAUCAUGCUCGUGUAUGUUAACCAUGUGUAAGUAUGUAACAACAUGAACAUAAUACACCAUUUACUGACAUCAUGCUCGUGUAUGUUAACCAUGUGUAAGUAUGUAACAACAUGAACAUAGUACAUUAUAAGAGAAUGUAUUGAGCUAAUAACUGUAUAGCAAGUGCUGACUAGUAAUUCUGUAAUUAGAUCAUUCACAUGCUCAGGAUAUUUUCUUAUCCUCACGGUUGUGAAAGUGAUUAGGAAUAUUGAGUAAAAUUGUGGUCUGUGUAUGUAGGGGUAGGGAAAAUUGUGUGUGUUUAUGUGUUUUGAAUGUGUGUGUGUAUAUAUGUGUGUUGUGAAUGUGUGUGUGUUGUGAAUGUGUGUGUGUUGUGUGUGUGUUGUGAAUGUGUGUGUGUAUGUGUGUAGGUUUAGCAGUGGAGAUGUAUCACACCAUUAGUAAAUACAGAGGUUGGUGUCAUUGAUGUAGGUGGAAAAGUAGCUUCUAUAUUACGCUUUCAUAAACUUAGUCAUGCUGAUUAAAAUAUUAUGAAGAAAAUCCGCAAAAGAAAAACCCCUAGAAGUCUCAUGUUUGAAAUGCUAUUAGUGAGUAAAUCCUCUCAUACAUCUGGAAAUGUUAAAACUAGUAUUUAUUAUACUAAGUCUUGUAGGAUCAAAACAGGUUAUUAUAAUGUCAAUGCCAUUAAACCUGUUUAUUAUUUCUUAUGUGUAAACAGUUUCUUACCAUAGCAUGAAAACUAGUUAUUAUUACAUUUGUAUAAACAGUUUUCAACAGCAUCAUUAAUAAAACAAACAACAUUUGUUAUUGUAUAAACAGUUUCCUACAACGCCAUUAAAACUGGUUAUUAUUUUACAUGUAUAAACAGUUUUCUACAAUGCCAUUAAAAUGGUUAUUAUUUUACAUGUAUAAAGAGUUUACUACCAUGGCAUUAAAAUCAGUUAUUUUUACAUUUGUAUUUAUAGUUUCCUACAACGCCAUUAAAACUGGUUAUUAUUUUACAUGUAUAAACAGUUUCCUAUCAAGGCAUUAAAACUAGUUAUUUAUAUUAUUACAUUUGUAUAAACAGUUUCCUACAACACCCAUUAAACCUGGUUAUUUUACAUGUAGAAACAUUUUCCUACCAAGGCAUUAAAUAUAGUUAAUAUUUCACUUGUUUAAACCAUUUCUUUUCUAUGAAUUAAUGGUGCUAUAGUUAGUUAGGUGAAUGAUGGGUGGAAUGGUGGUAAGGACAUGCUAAUUUACAGUAUACGACAAGACUACAUAAACCUUGUUACACAUUUAACACCAGUCUCCUUCGUAGGUAUAUGUUUAGAGAUGCUUAAGUAAUGUAUGUUUUAAUUAUUGUCCCCUGCCCCACCCUUCCCAACCUGCAGAGAAAUGUUUGUAAUAAUUUUAUUUAUCUUAAUCAUGUUGGUAUUAAGAAGAAUGAUUUAAAUUUUCUAAUGCAAUGUGCACGUAAGAAGGGUGUGUGUUUAGUGUGAUGUACUGUACAUAGUUCCUCAAAUAUCCUUGCGAAAUAAUUGACAGAUAUGUGGCUUGUGAGAUGUUUUGUUACUUGAAAAGUUAUAAACACAUUAGAUUUGAAGUAUCUGUGCUGAUUCUUAUUUUGAAAAACCAUGACUGUUUACCAUGUACAUUGUGUAUUAAAGAUAUUUAUAUUACA